UUAAUCUGAAAGUGAUCGCGUCGUAGCUCGAUCAGAAAACAGAUUAAACUGCGAUUUAUAGUUUCUAACAACCCCCUACGGGCCCAGUAAACAUACUUUCUAACGUUAGGAUUUAUGUAAGUGGUUGACAAUAUUGAAUUUAAUCCCGUGAGACGGAACUCUCUUCCGGUGCUUUCGUUUCUCUGUUCACAUGAACAUAGCACUGCAAACCCUGCGACUUGGAUGUCAUUUGGUUCGGGUGAACUGUACACGAUCUGUUUGUACGUCACAGUGCAUAAUGGCAUCAAGGCAUAAACACUCCAAAAGAAUUGAAGGACUGGAUAAGAAUGUUUGGGUGGCCUUUACUUCAGUGGCAGCAGACCCAUCCAUUGUUAAUCUGGGCCAAGGUUAUCCAGACAUCCCGCCACCUUCUUAUGUGAAGGAUGCUCUAAUAAAUGCUGCAUCAUUGGACAAGAUGAAUCAGUACACCAGAGGCUUUGGCCAUCCAUCCUUGGUGAAGGCCCUUUCUCAGGUUUAUGGCAAAGUCUAUGGCCACCAGAUUGAUCCUUUGAAGGAAAUACUGGUCACAGUAGGGGGUUAUGGUUCCCUUUUCAGUACCAUGCAAGGGCUGGUGGAAGAAGGAGAUGAGGUUAUUAUAAUUGAACCCUUCUUUGAUUGCUAUGUACCCAUGGUACGAAUGGCCGGGGCCAAGCCUGUGUUGAUACCAUUGCGCCUUAAGUCUGAAAAGAAGAAAAACAUUACAAGUGCUGAUUGGGCUCUUGACCCAGAUGAGCUCGCAAGUAAAUUCAACUCCAAGACAAAGGCCAUCAUCAUUAACACCCCGAACAACCCGAUUGGAAAGAUAUUCAUGAGAGAUGAGCUGCAGCUGAUCGCUGACCUCUGCAUUAAGCAUGACACUCUGUGCUUCAGCGAUGAGGUUUAUGAGUGGCUCAUCUAUAAAGGCCACCAACACAUCAAAAUAGCUACCCUGCCUGGGAUGUGGGAAAGAACAAUCACAAUUGGCAGUGCAGGGAAGACAUUUAGUGUUACAGGCUGGAAGCUUGGUUGGUCUAUAGGGCCGGAGCACUUGAUAAAACACCUUCAGACUGUCAUGCAGAAUACCUUGUACACCUGCCCAACGCCAUUACAGGAGGCUGUGGCACAAGGGCUGCUGCGAGACUAUGAGCUUAUGGGCCAGCCUGAGUGCUACUUCUCCUCACUGGCAGAGGAGCUGAAGGGCAAGAGAGAUCGCUUGGCUGCCAUCCUGCAGGAGGCUGGUAUGUCUCCCGUCAUCCCAGAGGGAGGCUACUUCAUGAUCGUGGAUGUCACAGCUCUCAAUGAGGACUUGUCUCACAUGGCAGACGAUGAGGCUUACGACUACAAGUUUGUGAAGUGGAUGAUCAAAGAAAAGAAACUGGCUGCCAUUCCAGUCACAGCAUUCUGUGGAGAAGCAUCCACGAAACAGUUUGAAAAAUACAUUCGCCUGUGCUUUAUCAAGCAAGAGAGCACUCUUGACGCAGCAGAGACCAUCUUGAGAAACUGGAAAAAAGUUUAAUGGAAUGGAAGUUUAAUAUACUGAAUGCCUAUGCAAAAUUUAAAGCACUAGCACAGUUUAGUCAGUGUGGAUUUGUAAGAUUUUCUUACGCCGAGUGUACUCAAAACCUCUUCGUGAGCUUGAUCCGAUCUGAUUUAGUUUGUGAUGCCGCUAUUCCAUAUUAAUAUAGUUGGUGUUUUUUAAAUUAAUUGCACUGAAUAAAUUGCAUUUUCUUCAAUCAUUUAUGGUACUGGAAUUCUCAUCCCUUACUUGUGCCUUGUAUGGUGAAAGUCACAUGUUGAUAAACUGAAUAUAUAUGUGCCAGUGAACGUUCGAUUAACUUAGUUGGUUUUGAAUGUCGCAGAGAAAAAGAAAGACUUGGAGGAACCUGAACAGCUGAUCAAGUGUUACGUUGACAUCAAGAUAUAUGCUGCCUCAUACAAAGGAUCUAAAAAGUAGAAGAAAGUUACACAUUCAGAAAUGAAAACACUGCUUUCAGAAUGGACCUUCAGUAGAAGGUUUUUAUAUACCUUUUAUGUAUAACAUACCAGAAAUAACUAGCCCUCAUCUAAAGGUUUUUAUGUCAGAACGUUAGUGUCUCUAAUUAGAGUAUUAAAGAGGUUUGCUUCCCUCCUAUACCUCCUGAUUGCAUCUCUGCUAAUAUAUCAUAGCUAUGCAAAGUACUUUCUGAGAACCGUCAAAAAGGAAAUUAUUAACCACGGCAGGGUCUGACUGGUUCGAACUUGUAAUUCCACUGGGCUGCCGAUAGCAGUUCUUCCCCACUAUAAUCAUAUGCAAUAUAUUUUAAAACAGUAAAAACAAUCCAGAUAUCAUUAAUCAGGAUCACAUGUAGGAUUGCUAUAUUUACAUUUUAGGCCUACAUUAAUUCAAAAUAUGUUCCCGAAUAUUUAAAUUCAUGGAGUUGUUAUGCACAUUUGCAUACAACAGAAAGGCAGUGUGCUUGAAUUUUGAUUGUAUCAAUAAACA